CGGGAGCGCAGUGCGCAGCUGCGACGCCGGGCAGUGAGCUGCCAGUGCCAGCGAUGUACCAAGAGCGACAGCAACCGCAGCCCCAGCCCCAGCCUGGGCGCUACUAUGAGUCCACUCCCACCAAAAACUGACCAUCUGCCCGGAGCCGCUGGAAGCACUCGCCGCCUAGCAACAUCUUCCAAAAACUCUGCAAACCCAGGAUGCCCGGUGGAAAAAGAGGGCUGGUGGCACCGCAGAAUACUUUUUUGGAAAAUAUUGUCCGGCGAUCUAGCGAAACAAGCUUUUUACUUGGAAAUGCUCAGAUUGUAGACUGGCCGGUAGUCUACAGCAAUGAUGGAUUUUGCAAGUUGUCAGGAUAUCAUCGAGCUGAAGUAAUGCAGAAAAGCAGCACCUGCAGUUUCAUGUAUGGUGACCUAACGGAAAUGAAGACCGUAGACAAGGUCAGACAGACAUUUGACAACUAUGAAUCAAAUUGCUUUGAAGUUCUUCUGUAUCAAAAAAACAGAACUCCACUUUGGUUCUACAUGCAAAUUGCACCGAUAAGAAAUGAAUAUGACAAGGUGGUUUUAUUUUUAUGCACUUUCAAAGACAUUACCGUUUUUAAACAACCCAUUGAAGAUGAGUCAACAAAAGGGUGGGCAAAGUUUGCUCGACUGACCCGGGCGCUGACAAAUAGUCGAAGUGCUCUGCAACAGUUGGCUCCAAUGAACAAAACUGAUGGGGUCCAUAAACAUUCACGUCUUGCAGAGGUUCUACAGCUAGGAUCUGACAUCCUUCCUCAAUACAAACAGGAGGCUCCAAAGACUCCACCUCACAUCAUCCUUCACUAUUGCACAUUCAAAACUACCUGGGACUGGAUCAUCCUUAUCUUAACCUUCUACACUGCCAUCAUGGUCCCUUACAACGUGUCCUUCAGAACAAAGCAGAAUAAUAUUGCUUGGCUAGUGCUGGACAGUGUGGUGGAUGUGAUUUUCUUAGUGGAUAUUGUCUUAAACUUUCACACCACUUUUGUGGGCCCUGGAGGGGAAGUUAUAUCUGAUCCUAAACUGAUUAGGAUGAACUACUUAAAAACUUGGUUUAUCAUUGACCUGCUCUCCUGUUUACCAUAUGACAUCAUCAAUGCCUUUGAAAAUGUGGAUGAGGGCAUUAGCAGCUUGUUCAGUUCCCUGAAGGUUGUGCGUCUUCUGAGACUUGGCAGGGUUGCCAGGAAGUUAGACCAUUACCUUGAAUAUGGCGCAGCAGUGCUGGUUCUUCUGGUCUGCGUCUUUGGUUUGGUGGCUCACUGGCUCGCCUGCAUCUGGUACAGCAUCGGGGACUACGAAGUCAUCGAUGAAGUCAGCAACCAAAUAAAAACAGACAGCUGGCUCUACCAGCUUGGACUAAGUAUUGGAACACCCUACCAUUUUAAUGCCAGUGGUACUGGACAGUGGGAAGGGGGACCCACAAAGGAUUCACUGUAUAUAUCCUCCCUUUACUUUACCAUGACAAGUCUUACCACCAUAGGAUUUGGCAACAUUGCUCCAACCACGGAUGGAGAGAAGAUAUUUUCUGUGGCCAUGAUGAUGGUUGGCUCUCUUCUUUAUGCAACUAUUUUUGGAAACGUCACCACGAUCUUCCAGCAAAUGUACGCCAACACCAACCGCUACCAUGAAAUGCUAAAUAAUGUGCGGGAUUUUCUCAAGCUUUACCAAGUCCCCAAAGGACUCAGCGAACGCGUUAUGGAUUAUAUUGUGUCUACGUGGUCAAUGUCUAAAGGGAUUGACAUGGAGAAGGUCCUUGCAAUAUGUCCCAAAGACAUGAGAGCUGACAUCUGUGUCCAUCUGAACCGAAAGGUGUUUAAUGAGCAUCCGGCGUUCCGCCUUGCAAGUGAUGGCUGUCUCCGAGCUCUGGCAGUGGAGUUCCAGACUAUACACUGUGCUCCCGGUGACCUCAUCUACCAUGCAGGUGAAAGCGUUGAUGCCCUCUGCUUUGUCGUCUCUGGAUCACUGGAGGUUAUUCAGGAUGAUGAAGUUAUCGCUAUUCUAGGGAAAGGGGAUGUAUUUGGGGAUAUCUUCUGGAAAGAAACCAGCUUGGCUCAUGCCUGUGCGAAUGUGCGGGCCCUGACAUAUUGUGACCUGCACAUCAUCCACCGUGAAGCCUUACUGAAAGUCCUGGAGUUUUACACGCCAUUUGCAAAUUCUUUUUCACGAAACCUCAUAUUGACCUGCAAUCUAAGGAAGCGAAAUGUUGUUGGUGCGGAGGAUGAUGAUUUAUUUGACAAUUUUGUGUAUAUGUGA